AUGGAGGAAAUGUUGCAAUCGAAGCCGGUUCAAGAAAUAGCUCUAAGCUGUAAUGGUGAAAUCCCAGAACAGUUUAUUCAUAAAGAUGGAUUCCCACCAUCGAAAGUUGACUCUGUUUCAUACAUGGAUGAUUUUGUCAUUGAUUUUUCUCUCGUGUUUUUGCCUUCAUCUCCUGAAUCUGAUCAUGAAUUAGGAAAGCUUCGAUCAGCUCUCAGUCAAUGGGGUUGUUUCCAGGCCAUAAAUCAUGGCAUGACCAAUGAUUUCCUUGACAAAAUCCGUGAAGUUGGCAAGCAAUUUUUUGCACUUCCUCUUGAGGAGAAACAAAAGUACUCUAGAGGUAUCGAUGAUUGGGAUGGAUAUGGAAAUGAUGCAGUUGUAUCGAAGCAGCAGACUCUCGAUUGGAUGGAUCGACUUUACCUUACAGUUAACCCUGAAGAUCAACGAAAGCUAAAAUAUUGGCCUGAGAAGCCAGUUGCAUUUAGGUACAUCUUUAAUAUCUAUAGUAUUUUUCCUCUAGGUAAGGUGAAUGAUCCAAGUAGACUUGACCUCUCGUGGGUUGACUUUGUCUAG